GUGAACGUGAGUGUGUAUGUGAGUGUGUGAGGGUGUGCGCAUGUCCUUGUCAGGGUGAAACGAGGCAACGCAGCUCGACACACACACACACACACACACACACCACCGCCACAGACAUGAAUCACCUGCUGAAAGUUCCAGCUCUGGCCGCCCGGGCCUUCAGCAGCUCGGCCAGACAGCUGAGGAACAAAGUCCCCGAGGCCCAGAAACUCUUCCAGGAGGACAACGGGUUGCCAGUCCACAUCAAGGGAGGAACCUUUGACGUCCUGCUCUACCGGGCGACCAUGACGCUGACUCUUGGAGGAACCUGCUGGUCUCUGUACUGGCUGCUCUACGCAUCGAUGCCUCAGAGGAAAGCGUAGAGGAGAAACCAACGCCGGCUAUCGGCCAAUCGCACGGACAGAACGACGCUCGGAGAGAACGACGCUCGGCUCCGUCUAUAACACUAAUGUUUGUUGUGUACAAUCCCAUUUCAUUUGAUCACGAGUUGUCCUGCUGUCGUCAUGGCAACGAUGAAGAUGUAAAAAAAAGUGUAAAGAAAUUCAAACUGAA